AACAAGAAGUACCUGUUAAUUAAAACGUAGUGAAAGAAUACCUAACCCUCUCAAUCUAAAAAAAUAAAAACAAAUCCGUUUUUUCUUUUCCUCCUUUCGCGUUAGUGUAAUGUGCGUAAUUGAAUUGGUGGUUGGAGAAAAACAAACAAUGAAAAAGUCGUAUUAAUAUUUUUCUACUGUUUAUGGCGUUGUCACGGAAACCAUUGAAAGAAUUUUGAAAUUGCUGCUUUUUGUGAUGUGUUUUAUUUUGAAAUCUCUCCGUCUCCGUUGCUGGUGCAUUGAUAUUAAAUCAGCUUUAACAUGUAAUCGUGAGCAUUUCGAACACCGGAAAUAGGAAAAGUUCCAAAUGACAUGGAACUGUGUACCUCCAGACACUUGUUACUGUCUGUUUUCAUUCUCCAAUUGAUUAUGGUCAGUGUGAGACAGACGUUCGAUUUCUUGGGGUAUAUGUGGGCAUCCGUUCUGAUGAAUUUUUUGUACACGCUAGUCAUUAUAUUUGGAACUUUCGGAGUAGUUCAAUCCAAAACGAAGUAUACGAUUACGUACACCGUUAGCAGCACAUUUUGGAUAUUUUGGAACUUGUUCAUUAUGUGUGUUUAUUUCGAAAUACUCAAUAUGCAAAAGAUGAGAACCAUCUUGAGUUUUGGAACCGAUAGCAACAGUUGGUGGGAAACCAAUGGUCCCGGAUGUAAACCAGUAUUUAAUUCGAACCGUGAAGUAGACGAGUAUCGUCCUGCUAAACCAGAUCAGAUAAAAGACUGCAUCGUCGAUUUUCACUACGUGGAAGCCAUACAAGCUAUCAUUCAUGUUAUUUUAGCGCUUUGGGGUUGCGGAAUCGGUGCGAAAGUUAGCCAUGAUUUUGUUACGCAAACUAGUUCUAAAUCCAAUAAUAAAAAACAAAAUGGAGUUUUACCAUUAUACUCGAUCGAGUACAGUCUACGUCGACCGGAAGAAAUGUUCGACGAUGACGACAGUAAUCAUAGUCACGACGAUUCGGAUAAUCGUGGCACUGCCACCAGUGGGAGUCGUCCAAUGACUCCUAGAAGAGUAAAAAGACGCAGUGUGAACUCUCGAGGCACCCUACCACCUCAAUACCAGCAACGUCAAGAACAACAGCCACCCCCUUAUAUUCGCAGACCGACGUACGGUAGUACAAGAUCAUCUGCGAGAUCGUCUGCCCGACGACAUCGAGCAUCUACUCAUAAUCCGGUAUCCAGGUUCCUCGAACAACAGCAACAAUUAUCAUUCCAUCAUCAAAUGUUGAACGAUUCGUCGACGUCGAACGAUUCGUGUAGAGUGCCUCCGUUCACAUCAUCGCAGUCGCAACUCUUGUCGGCCGCUGAGUUACAAAAUACAGCUGCCGAAAUGGGUCAUGUGAAUCCUAAUUUUGCCAGUAAUACGUCUCUGGAUAGGCCCCCUUCGGCUCGAUCUAGUUACUCGAAUUAUCACGGAGUUCGAACGUUAGCUUUUAAUAAACAAGCUACUCCGCAAGUUCCUUCUAAUUCUUGCCGUAGAGGUACCAGAUCAGCUUAUUCGACGUUUUUCAACGAUGGUCCACCAGCUUACGAGAUCCAAGGCGUCGUUAAUUCGGAAACAGUUAUUUGAAUUUCCAAGUCUUUCAAUGAUGUAUACGAUUAAGAGAGCUUAUUGGCGCUGUGUUGUAUAAGUUAUCGUUAAAUUUAAUUUAAAUUUCCAUGUGAUUGUUAUACGUACGUAUUGUUUAGUUAUAUACGUUCUGUCAAUUGUGCACAUACUGUGUGUGUUACUACUACAGAUGCAUUUAAUGUUUCAGAUCAAAUUUCAUAUACUCUUGCACUUUUUUAUUCUUUUAAUUCAUUUGUGUGUGUGUAUUAUGUUGUAGUAUAGUAAUCGUAGUGUUUAUUAUGGCAUGGGAUUUCUUUUUUUCUAUGAAAAUGCUAUGAUCUCAUUUAUUUUAUACUAUUUUGUACAGAACAUUCCAUUUUACCAUCAGUAUUCUCUUUACUACGUUGUGUUCUUUUUUUAUACUCUUUGAUCGAUUACCUUUUGCGUUGUCUAACUGCAAAAAUAUCGUCUUUUCUGUAUAUUUUACUUCACUUGUGA